AUGGAAGGCGACGCAGCAGCGAGGCCCAAUUUUGGCCCUGGCCUGCAAGGCCCUCAAGGCCUUCCCAUGGCGGUUGCCUGGCCCGAGGUGCAAGAAGUGCCCCAGCUCGCCCCAGUGCCGGUGCCCGCAUCGAGCUCACAGACAGAGCUUCCAAUGUGGGGCGAGGACUGGGCACGAAGAAGACCGCAGCGGGCCCCCAGGCUAGCCACGGACAGCAUUUACAAUGCUCAGCCUUCGAUUUCUGAGCUGCACCCGGCAGUGUACCCUUUCACACGGGCCUCGACAGAGGGAGUCCACCCUGCAGCUCCGUGCGGCGAUAUUCCUAUUCCCGGGCUCGCCGCACGUCUCGCAGCCCACCGACUUCCCGGCAGCCCUGGAAAGGGAAAGAAUGCGGACCGCCUGAGCCUGGACGACCCG